CGUGGACGAUAAUGUAAGAUUUUUCUCUGACAGUUAACAGUGUAACGUAUCACAUAAGCUAGUAAAUUAUCGACUGACAAGUUAAAUCAGAUAAUAAGUUGAUAUUCUUAAGGUCCAAUUGAUCUAAAGAUACACUUUAAUUUAUAAAUAAUUAAAGAUUAACUCAUCGACGAUGUCAAAAAAGCCUGGAGCUACUCAAGCUAUGCAUAAAGUUAUUAUGGUUGGAAGCGGAGGCGUUGGAAAAUCUGCUCUAACUUUACAAUUUAUGUAUGACGAGUUUGUUGAAGAUUAUGAACCUACAAAGGCAGAUUCCUAUAGAAAAAAGGUUGUAUUAGACGGAGAAGAAGUACAAAUAGAUAUCUUAGAUACUGCAGGACAAGAAGAUUAUGCAGCUAUUCGAGAUAAUUAUUUUCGCAGCGGAGAAGGAUUUCUCUGUGUAUUUUCUAUAACUGAAGAUGACAGUUUUCAAGCUACACAGGAGUUUAGAGAACAGAUUCUCAGAGUAAAAAAUGACGAGAACAUUCCAUUUUUAUUAGUGGGAAAUAAAAGUGACCUGCAAGAGAAAAGGAAAGUCAGUUUAGCAGAGGCACAAGACCGAUCACAACAGUGGGGCGUACCUUAUGUAGAAACAAGUGCAAAAACGAAGGAAAAUGUUGAUAAGGUGUUUUUCGACUUGAUGCGUGAAAUAAGGUCACGCAAGAUCGAAGACAAGUCGGCGAGUAAUGGUCGUGAAAAGGAUCGUGCCAAGCGGAAGAAAAAGAAGUGCAUUAUUCUAUAGGUAUUUUUUGAUUUAAUGCGGGCAAUAGCUGCUCGUAAAGCGCAAGAAAAUCAAGUGGACGGAGAUGAACGUAAGAAAAAGACAAAAUGCUGCAUCUUGCUCUAACAAAGUAAAAAUAAAUUAAACAAAAGAAAACAAAAAAAACGAAACGAAAAGAAAAGAAAAGAAAUGAAAAGUAUGUAGCUUAUAUGUAAGAAGACAUCUAACGCCCAAUUUCUGAAACAUGCAUAAAAGAACUGUAUUUAUACACAUUUUGUGACACUUUACAUAGUUAAUGUGACAAUUUAUAAUUUUUAUUAUAAUCUUUAUCACCUAUUAAAACGUUAAGAAACUACUGAAUGUGUAUUGAAGCUUUAGCAAAACGUAGAUAGGCUUAUAAUUAUAUACUCUAAUACUGAAGAGUGUUACGACAACUUGUCCUUAUCGAGAGAUAUAGUUCCUAUCUUGAGAAGUUUGCAAUACAAUUAAAUAGAUCGUAGAAUUUGUCCGGCUAGAAGACACUAAUGAGUAGUUUUCUAUGGAGCGUGAGAAAAAAAGAUAAAUGAGGAAGUAAAAGUAAUACUUGACGGUAUGUACACAUUUGCGAAUAAACAUUUUUUAUAAUUGCAAGCAUAUCUCGUAACAUAUUAACACAAUUAAUGCUUAGCAAAAUUUUACAUCUUCUUAUUCUAAGAAUAUUAAGAAUUAAAUUAAUGACUUCUUUCUUUUUUCUGUUUAUUUUUUAAAUGUAUUAUUAUUGCUAUUAUAAAAGAGAAAAAAUUUGAUAUCUAUGAAAUAGAAAGAUUUCGUUUCCUGUAAUGUAUAAUUACGUAUACAAUUAUAAUGCUAUUAUUAUCAUUACUUCAUUGCAACACAUUUUUUUGUUAUGAUAUAAAACAGCUUAACUGCAUUUAUAUAUUAUGUCAUCGUAAGAUAAUAAAGAUAUCGCUCUCAUUUUGAGAUAAAAGGUCCAAACUUUGGUCUUAAGUGAAAAUAAAAGCAAGGAAGUGCACACGUAUUAUGAAUGGUGGUGUUCCUUAUAUUAAGGGGAUUGUUAUGUAACGUAAUUCAUACAACGAAUGAUCACAAAAUUUUUGGCACAAUUAAUUACAACAUUACUAUUAUAAGUUAAGACAAAAUUUCUUUUUGCUGGGUGAAUUAUUAUUAUUAUUAUUACGAUCAAGUGUGUUUUAUCUCAUAAGUGUUAAAAUUGAAGUUAACUUUAUGCUUAUUAUUUAUGACCAAUAAAAUUUUUAAUUGAUAAU